ACAAAAUAUCUGCCGACUCAUCUCCUUGCUUAUUUCUCAUGCAUUUCAUGAUAUCUGAAUAACCUUUCCCAUUUGUUUUGUAGAUUGCCUAUCUGACAAUUAAAGAAUGGGUUUGGGUCACUGAUCCUCCGUCCAAACAGUGAGAGCCCUUUUGUAUCAAUCGCUGCUAUAAUACUGUUGCGGAUUUUGUUAACUUGGCUGCUCCUGGCCUUAGACUUCCAGUGUAUUGGGUCGCCGAUCCUCCACCAAAUUGAGGGCCCCUUUGUAUCAAGACUGCGUCCUUUUCGGACUCUUAAUUCAAGUGUUUCAUUUCUGGUAAUUAAAAAAAAAGAAAAAAAACUUUGUUUGCUUAGUUACUUACGGACGUGUUCACGGUUCCAAGUUUUCUGAAUUCCGGUUUAUUUGUGGGCAGUAGCACUGGACAUAGUCACCACAAAUUCUCGUAUUGAUUUUCUUUUUGGACCAUCUAAGAAUUAAAACAGUCACUUUUAGUCAUAAUGCCGGCAAUUUGACAGUCAUUAGAACUCUAGGCACAACAAAAUGCCCUCCCUCUCAGUGACUGGGCGCACAACAAUGUUAUGCAGCACUCAAUCUCGCCACCGUCCAAAAACAACAGCCGUCGCGCUCCUCCACUCAAACAGCACCGGUAGUCCAAACAACCCUCUCCCCGAAUCAUACACUGUGACCCCCCCAAUCAAGCCUUGGCCACAACGCCUCUACCCUAAACGCCUAGUCUCCAUGAUCACCCGCCAACAAAAUCUAGAUCUUGCCCUCCAAAUCUUCGAAUACGCAGGCAAAUAUCAACCGAACUUCUCACACAAUUACGAUACCUACGACUCAAUUAUCCACAAGCUUUCUCGAGCUCGCGUAUUUGGCCCCGUGGAACUCUUGCUCUCUGACCUGCAUAAAUCCCAAAUAAAAUGCGGAGAAAAUAUAUUCAUCAAUGUCAUUCGCAACUAUGGCCUUGCAGGAAAGCCUGAUUUCGCUCUUAGAACUUUUAUUCGUAUCCAAGAUUUUAACGUGCAGCGUUCUGUGAGAUCGCUGAACACACUAUUGAAUGCUUUUGUACAAAACAAAAGGUAUGAUUUAGUACAUGCUAUGUUCAAGAAUUGUAGGAGUAAGUACGGAGUUUUGCCUAAUGUUUUUACUUGUAACAUUUUGAUUAAAGCGCUUUGUAAAAAGAAUGAUGUUGAAAGUGCAGUCAAGGUGCUAGAUGAAAUGCCUGCAAUGGGUAUGAUCCCAAAUGUUGUUACUUAUACAACGAUUUUAGGUGGGUAUUCUUCGCGUGGUGAUAUGGUUAAUGCUAACAAGGUUUUUGGUGAGCUUUUUGAUAGAGGGUGGUUGCCUGAUGCCACGACGUAUACGAUCUUGAUGAAUGGGUAUUGCGAGCAAGGAAGGUUGGCUGAUGCUAUUAAGCUUAUGGAUGAUAUGGGAGAGAAUGGAGUUGAGCCAAAUGAAGUUACUUAUGGUGUGAUGGUAGAGGCAUAUUGUAAAGAGAAAAAAGCUGGUGAAGCACGUAACCUGCUUGACGAUAUGCUUGAGAGACAGUAUGUACCAAGUUCAGCUCUUUGUUGUAAGGUUAUUGAUGUGUUAUGCGAAGCUGGUAAGAUUGAGGAAGCUUGUGAGUUAUGGAAGAGGAUGUUAAAGAAGAACUGCAUGCCGGAUAAUGCAAUAAUGAGCACACUUAUACAUUGGCUUUGUAAGGAGGGGAAGGUAUGGGAAGCAAGGAAGUUGUUUGGUGAGUUUGAGCGGGGUGCAAUACCAAGUCUUCUGACAUAUAAUACACUCAUCGCAGGGAUGUGCGAGAAAGGAGAAUUGAGCGAGGCGGGGAAGCUUUGGGAUGAUAUGAUGGAGAAAGGUUACAAGCCUAACGCUUUUACUUAUAAUAUGCUGAUUAAAGGGUUUUCUAAGAUUGGUAAUGCUAAGGAGGGGAUUAGGAUUCUUGAGGAAAUGUUGGAUAAUAGAUGCAUGCCUAAUAAGUCAACCUAUGCUAUUUUGAUAGAGGAGUUAUGCAAAAUGGGGAUGGAAGGAGAAGUAGAUAAAGUUGUUUCAAUGGCUAUGGCAAGUGGAGGAGUUGAUAGCGAUUCUUGGGACCUCUUUUUAAAUAAGGCUGUAGGUAAUCUGGAUAGAGGGUCAAAAGCUCUUGAUAGCUUUUUCAAGGAGAACGCCCAGUAGAGAUCCCUUAUAGACUUCAGUGGAGAACCAAAAGCUCUAUCCUUCUGCCCAUGUGAAUGCUCCAUGGUACUACCUGGCUUUCCUAUGGAUUGAUGGUUCUGUUUCAGGCGUCAAUGGACUGAUGUAUUGAUUAAUUGAAGAGAACUGGCUAGUGAUGCUCCCCGACAAAUUAUCACAUGAAUUGCUACUUUGAGCUUGAAAUUUCACUCUCUCAAAUAAGAUACGAAUUGGUAGUUAGUCUUGACGCAAGUUGCAACAAAUGUCUAUGGAAUUCUUGUGUUCAAGCUUCCAUUGCCUGCUGAACCUUGAGGCAGAAAAGUAAGGAGUUUGCACUCAUUGCUGGUUCCUAAGAGCAUGCACCAUUACCAAUGAAUUUAUUGAUUCCUAAAAGGCUCAGGUAGCAUCAUUAUAUAAGUUACCAGAUUUUAAGUGUGCCAGCGAUAGAAAUGAAAGUGAGCAGGGUUAAGAGGCUAACCUGAAUCUGAAAUUUCUGCGGUCCAAGAUUAUGUAUUUUCUUUAGGUUGUAAAGCUUUAGUUAAAGUUCGAAUAUAAUAUAUUCAUAGCAAGCUGUAGCUCCUCUUGUUACAAGUAAAAGAAAAUAGAGGCUGGAAUUUGGCAAUCGGUGUUUGUGAAAUUGCUGUCAAGACUUGAGAGAUCUUAUGCAACAUAAAUUCUUAGACUUAUCUCUGUACCUGUGCAUGUGGAGUAUGACUGCAGUUACAGGAAAUUACAUACCCUAAACAGAAUGGAAGGCUUAUUUGGAUUAUAAUUUGCAGUAGAACCAUCAACGGAGACCCUUUGUAUAAUUUUA